CACUGUAUAGUGCUGAGUUGAUUAUUUUAUCAGUUGUUUAGACGGUAACAAUCAACGUUGCAAAAUUGUGAACUUGCCGUCUCAUUCACCCGCUCGGACGAAUGUGAGGUCAAGGCAGCGAAAAUAGGCAAAAGGCCAAGAUAAGCUCCCAAGGGUCGAAGCUGUCGGUUUCAAGUUGCUGAUCAUUAUAUGAAGCGUUUCACCAUUCAGGUUUUUCAAUUAAACCAACAAAAAGAAGAUGAAGAAUCAAGCAGACUUUACACCACUUACAGAUGUUCACCAGCAGUGACCAACCGGACAAAGGCAACCUUGACACUCAACAGCUUUGAGAAGGGUGGGGAUGGAGGUGCACCAUCUGAAUGUGACAACCAAUACCAUUCAAAUGAUAAACCUGUGGUGGCACUUUCAACAGGGUGGUACAACAAAGGCAGUCGUUGCUUAAACUAUAUCAACAUCUACAGUAGUGGCAAGAGCGUCCGGGCCAUGGUUGUUGACGAAUGUGACUCUUCAAUGGGUUGUGAUAAGGACAAUGAUUACCAGCCUCCAUGUGGUCACAACAUUGUUGAUGCUUCUCAAGCUGUUUGGAAGGCCUUGGGAGUGCCCAGAAACCAGUGGGGUGAAAUUGAUGUCUACUGGUCUGAUGCUUGAACAAUGAUAAUCCCCACUAUAUUGAAUUAUUGAUCAGGCUGCAUUGUGACAUCAUGUAAGUGUUAAUUCAUUCUAUAUAUGAAUAUUAUGCUAUAAAUAUCUAAUUUCCGGUAAUACUUAUUUUCUAUUUUCCGAUUUACU